AUGGAUCAAGUUCAACAAUAUAUUGAACCAUGCAAACAAUUUAUGAAAGAUUCAAUUCGUUUAGUUAAAAAAUGUACUAAACCUGAUCGUAAAGAAUUUCAAAAAAUUGCUAUGGCAACAGCAAUUGGUUUUGCCAUAAUGGGUUUUAUUGGUUUCUUUGUCAAACUUAUUCAUAUACCUAUCAACAACAUUAUUGUUGGUUCAUAA